CUCAUCAAUUCUAAGUUCCACGAAAACGACCUUCACUAAUUACUGCAUAUUCCACUUUUUUAUGCCGUCCAAUCUCACUAUUAAAUCAUAGCUCCAUUUCACCAUUCUUUUGUGGCCAAUUCUCCUAAACAAAUUCUUGAAAAAUAGAAAAGAAAAAAAAAUAUAAUUCUCACUCUUCUCUCCUCAGCAAUGGCUAAUCAAGAUGGAAACAACUCAAGCUUAUUCUCUCCUUACAAAAUGGGAAAGUUCAAUCUUUCUCACAGGAUAGUAUUGGCUCCAAUGACAAGGUGCAGAGCACUGAAUAGUAUUCCACAGCCGGCACUGGCGGAGUAUUAUGCGCAGAGAGCAACCGACGGUGGAUUUCUCAUCACUGAAGGCACUAUGAUUUCUCCAACUUCAGCUGGGUUUCCACAUGUGCCAGGGAUUUUCACAAAGGAGCAAGUAGAGGCAUGGAAAAAAAUUGUUGAUGUAGUACAUUCAAAAGGUGCUGUCAUAUUUUGUCAGUUGUGGCAUGUUGGUCGCGCAUCUCAUGAAGUGUACCAACCUGGUGGAGAUGCCCCAAUAUCUUCAACUGAGAAGCCAAUAUCAAAGAGAUGGAGAAUACUAAUGCCAGAUGGAACUCAUGCUAUUUAUCCAAAACCAAGAGCUCUUGGAAUCUAUGAGAUCUCACAAGUGGUUGAAGAUUAUCGCAAGGCAGCCUUAAAUGCUAUUGAAGCAGGUUUUGAUGGUAUCGAAAUCCAUGGAGCUCACGGUUACUUGAUUGACCAAUUCUUGAAAGAUGGGAUCAACGACCGGAUAGAUGAGUAUGGUGGAUCACUAGCCAACCGUUGCAAAUUCAUAAUGCAGGUGGUUGAAGCAGUCGUUGCAGCAAUAGGUGCUGAUCGCGUAGGUGUAAGGAUGUCACCAGCAAUAGAUCAUCUCGACGCCAUGGACUCAAAUCCACUCAGCCUAGGUUUAGCAGUUGUUGAAAGACUAAACAAACUCCAACUCCAUUUUGGUUCCAAACUUGCUUAUCUUCAUGUGACUCAGCCACGAUACGUUGCAUAUGGGCAAACAGAAGCAGGUAGGCUUGGAAGUGAAGAGGAGGAAGCGCGUUUAAUGAGGACGUUGAGGAACGCGUAUCAGGGGACGUUUAUUUGUAGUGGCGGAUAUACUCGGGAGCUAGGAAUUGAGGCUGUGGCACAGGGUGACGCUGAUCUCGUGUCAUAUGGUCGCCUUUUCAUUUCUAAUCCUGAUUUGGUUAUGAGGCUCAAGCUUAAUGCACCUCUAACUAAGUAUAAUAGGAAGACAUUCUAUACUCAAGAUCCAAUUGUAGGGUACACAGAUUACCCUUUUCUUCAAGGGAAUGGAAACAACGUACCCUCGUCGCGUCUGUGAGAAGAACAGUUGGAUUUUGUAUGAACUGUGAAUGCCUGAUUUUGUUGGGAAAUUUAUUAAGUAAAGAAGGGAUAUUAUUGAGUUGUAUAUGCAUCUAUAUGAGGUUGUGAUGUAGCUGAUGCUAUGGAGAAAUUUGUACUAUUGAAACAAAAGGUUUGAUCAGCUAGAUAUGCCUUAAAAUUACUGUUCUUGUUAAGCA